GUUAAGUGGCGCAGUCGGUAGGAUUAGUUAGCGCCCCGUGUUGAGUGUUUAGUGAAAGUGUUCCCUGAGUGCAUAUCAGAUACAAAACGCAGCAGCUGACACAUCACGGAGCUAACGACCUGCUUCUACAUAAAAAGAACCCAAAGGAUAUGGGACCAUUUCUUUUUCUAAGCUCUACCAAUAUGAGACCUCGCGAAAUAUUCUACGGAAUAAAAAGCGAAGAAGAACGACCUUUAGAUAGAGCCCAGCUUUUGGAAUACCGUGACAAAAUUUAUAAAGAAGCAGAGGCUAGAGCUACUGAUACACAGCAGAAACAACAUCAACAACAAAAUGCCUCUAGAGAAGACCCACCAUUACUUGAAGCCGAUCAAACAGUUUUUAAUAGACGGCAGGGUAUUAAAGCAAAAACUAAAGAAUGGUUUCAACCUGUUAAAGUUGUCGAAGACAGGAACCAAACGUAUGAAGACGAUAAAAAUAGGAAACUACAUAAAGCAAAAAUGCGUAGAAUAAGGAAGUAAUAAAAUGAACUCUAAUCUAUUUUUCUAUUUUAGGAUAUGGACCGCCGUCCGAACUCUCUUAUUUCUCGUUUUAGUAUCUGGAACUAUGGGCAGGCAACCUACCAUACAAAUAAUGGAACUUAGUCACAAUCCAGGUCUGCUAGCAAUAGCAUCAGGUAAAAACUACAUCAAAGAUGGGGAACACAAAAUUUACCACAUCAUAGAUUUCGAAAUUUAUCACCCCACUUUGAUAACGAUAAAAAAUAUGAUCGACGGAAUAAAGAAUAUUUGCAAUACAUCGGAAUUGAACGAAAUUAUCCUUUCAAAAUUUAAUAAUCUUAACUAUCUUUAUCAUAGCCUUCAGAAUAAACCACGACCCAAAAGAGGAUUAUUGAAUUUUGUGGGAAGCGGAAUAAAAUUUAUCACCGGAAACUUGGAUAACGAAGAUUACAAUGAAAUUAUUAAAGAUUUGGAGGAGCUAAGAAUUAAAGGCAAUCAACUUAUCAAUGAAAAUAACAAACAAGCCAAGAUAAAUUAUCAAUUGAAUAACAGAAUAGAUACAAUUAUAAAACAAAUUAAUAAACAGCAAGAAAUCAUUGUCAAAAAUUUCAAUCAGGCUCGUAUGGAUAACACAGCAAAACAAAUACAAAUAAUCAAAGAUGUAAUGAAAAUCAACAUGUUACUAGAUAACUUAAUCUCACAUUUCAAGGACAUAGCAGAGUCGAUUCAUUUAGCAAAAUUUAACAUUAUCUCGAAACAUAUCCUCCACCCAGAAGAACUUUUGUUUUCAAUAGAAAGAUUAGAAGAAAAAGGCAUAGAAAUCAAAAAUAUAGAGCAAGCUUACGACUUCCUUGAAAUAUCUGCAUUUUUUAAUUCAUCUGAACUGAUAUUUGUAGUCAAGAUACCUUCUCUUCAAAAUGUAACAUAUAGUAAUUUGAUACUAGAAACCUUACCAGUUCGAAACAAGAUAUUGAACAUACCAGCAAACAAAGCAAUGACGAGCGAGAUAGGAACUUACUUCAUCACGAGAGAAUGUCAGCAGAUCGAGCAGAACAACAUUUGUAACGAAGACAUGCUCCUAAACUACAGCGAUGAUAAAUGCUUCUCAAAAAUAUUACGAGGAUUUACUGGAAAUUGUACGUUUGAAAAAUAUGAACGGAAAAAUGAAAUCAAGCUUCUAACUGAUCACCAUGUCGUUUUAAAAUCUAUGAUUCCUCUGGAAAUCAAAACAAACUGCGGAAUUACUGAUAGAAAUUUAUCUGGAUUAUUUUUGGUGAACAAAACAACAUUUACAAACACAGAAAUAAUCAGAAACGAAAUUCCAAUAAUACUCCCUUUCGAUGGUUUGAAAAUCGAAGUACAAAUUACCCAAAACCAGACCGCUAUUGAAGAUCUACACAUUAUCAACAGAAAUCAUCUGGAUUCAUUGGUGGAAAGCUAUAAAAUUCACCAUUACUCAUCAAUGAGUUUAUCUAUUGUCAGUAUCCUGGGAGUUAUAAUAAUGAUCGUGCUGUACUUAAUAAAAUCCAAAAGCAUCAAUAUCAGAAUUCUUGGAAAACCUCAACCACACGAAUCUUUCUUAGAUCGUUUACCAAAACCAGCAGAAAAUCCCAUAACAGCAUCCGAAGAAGCUAAAUCAUCCUUAGUGAGCCGGGACGUCUCAUUCUUACCAAAGGGAGAAGUUAUCGCCAGGUCCACAAGUUAUCGCCAGGCCCAUAUAAUCAAACCAGCAACCAUACCCACGGCAUAAGACGUGCUGUGACUGUAAACAACGGAACCGGAUCGCAGCAGAGACCAACCGCGGAGGCAUCAAAUUAUGCCGAUUCAACAUCUCUCCAAGUAAUAAUGAUUUCCAACUCGUAUUGUACCAAAAAGAAAUUGAAUAAAGAU